AUGUCAAACAAGGAAUUGCAUACUGUAUUCUCCAGAGGAAGUGGUAUGUACCACGAUGUAAGAGGAUCUGGGAACGUGACUAACGGUUCCCGAAUCUCCAAUCGCCACCGUUGCGCACCUCGUCGCUACUCUCCAAACAAUUCAAGGAUGUCGGAUCCGAAGAAAAUGAGAAUUGACGUUCAGGUGGAUUCUGAAGUCGUCGUGCAUGUGAAGGGGAUUCAACUGAAUCGGAUUGAAGAUGCUAAUCAGGACGAAGGCGUUGCUAUGGAGACUGGAGACGUUGCUGGCGGGGGAGUUGUCAAUGAAAGUGCUGGAGACGUGAAGGUUGAGGCUCAAGAAGGUCCAGAAGUCAAUGGAGCGAUUAAAGUUGAGAACUUCGCAUCAGGAGUAAAUGGCGGUGCUUCGGUCGCUGACAUCGCCGCUCCAAAAGUUCCGAAGACGGAAGCUGAGGCUCCAGCAGCCGAUGUUGUUGUUGGAGACAAUUCGGAAGAUGCAGCUCCUGUCCUUUCUCUUGUUGAUGUGGCUUCAGAAGGCCAACCUUCAAGGAUUACAACUCCAGAUGUCGUAGCUGAUGCUCCAAAAGCCAACGGAAACGGAGCCGCUCCAGAAGCUAACGUCGUGGUUGACGGACCAGGAACAUCAAAUCAGGCUGUGGUUAUCCCUGUAGCAGCUGAUGACGCCGACGAGAUGCCACACUUGGAUCCAGAAAUUCCAGCAGCUGACGUCAUGGCUCUGGUAGCCGAAGCGAUGGCUGAAAAUCCGGGACGUCGUGGAAGACCGAACAAAACAAUGCUCGCGGCUCGCCAAGCUCUGACCAUGCAAGAAGUUGCACUUCAACAGGCUGGGACAUCUCGUGGAAGAAAAAGAACAGCUCCAAGAGAAGAAGAUUCAGAAGAUGAGACGGAUGCAGAAGACGUUCCAGAAGAUGUUGAAGAAGAACUUCCAGAACCCACUCCAAAAAAUGAGGAUCUCAGUCGUGGCGCUCGUUCUACAAGAGCACCGGUGAUUCCAAAAGAAGCAGUUGUGAAAGCUCAUACCAAAUACGACUACAAAGACUUCAAGUUUGAAAAGCCAACUCCAGAAGCAUUGAAAGCUAUCAAAAUCUAUCCAGCUGGGGGAACAAGACCAGAUAAAAUCCAUAAGACUUCUGCGGAUUGUCUAGCAAAAUGUUCCAUUCACACCAUCUUCCAAAUGCUCGGAGCAUCACUUACAGAUGAUCAGAGGGACAUGCUUCUCAAAAUCACUGAAUCUGUUAAGGAACCCCACUGCUACUCCGUUGAAGUGCCACUGGACAAACCGUUCCCAUAUAUCGAAAACUACCGUAACCUGAACGACCAAGUUAAUGCUCUUCUGAUGGCUCAACCGGUCCCAGCUCCCAAAAGAUUCGUAGCUGAGAAGUAUCCACCACCAGUAACCUUCACGGGCGCCCCGUAUUUGGAUCCCGACACUGCAACAGCUGCCGAAAUCCUCGAAUUCGCCAAUAAGGCCACUCAGAUUGCGGAGCCAUUGGACAUUGCUGAAAGAACAUUCAUGUUCGAUGGAUCCAAGGACGUUAUUGAUUCGGAGAAGGAGCAUUUCAAGGAGUUCAUGACAGAGGAGCUCAAGGAGAACGGAUAUCUGCCCGUUCCAAUCUUCACUAUGAAAACUGGAACCGAAGAAGAAAUUGCUCAGUUGAAGAAGCAAAUCGACACAACUUCGAUGUGCAUCAUCAGAGGGUUGGACAAAGUUAUCGGAUUCAAUAAUACGGAAUUCACCGUGGAGGCUCUGAGCAAAUUGGCUCCGGAUUAUCCAUUGAUCCUUCUUCGCAACAUCCCUAGCCAAUCCUUCUUCAAUUGGCACACUCUCAUCAACAGCGAGAGCGAUUCGGAGCAGCCGAAGCAGUGGCGUUGCUAUGGUUAUCGGCAUUAUGUUCGACUUCACCAGUUCACCACUCACUUCAAGACAAUGAUGAAAGCCAGCGAACAAGCUUACAAGCAAAUCUUGGAAAACCCGAAUAAUUCCGAGGAGAUUCUGAAGGUGCUCAAGGAGAAGUAUUUUAAGGAUCAGAUUCCGAUGGGAGAGGAUUCUAAGACGCACCGAGCUGCUACUAUCGAAGUCAAGAAGUUCCCUAGUUUCCUGGCACCCGCCGGAGAGAACAACCUGCUCUCCUUCUCCUACGAAUCCAUUGGAGGACUGAACAAGCCGCAGAUGUAUCUCAAGUUCCCAUGCUGCAGAACACCGGCUCACUUUGAGAACAGCAACCUUGGCUCUAUCAACCAUAACAUCGGACCAGGAGACUGUCUCUGGUUUGGAAUCCCGCUCGAAUUCUCAGGAGCGUUCCAGAAGCUUCUCAAGAAGAAACUCUACUCCACCGCAAAGCACAGAGCCAAGCUGUACGAGUACGAGCACUGGCCGAGCGAAGCCGACUGCGUUCAAUAUGGAAUCCCAGUGCAGAAGUUUGUCCAGAAGCCAGGGGAUACUGUCUACGUUGGAAUCGGAACAUACCACUGGGUGCAAUCGCUUGGAUUCACCACCAACGUCUCGUGGAAUGUUGGUCAUCCGACGUUCAACCAGAUCGCCCAGACCGCCAUAAUCAACGAUAAUUAUAUCGCCAACGUCGCGAUUCCAUUGAUGGGACUUGAGACCACAAUGUGGAACAUGAUUAUGGAGAAGUCUGUGGAGUUGGAUCAACCGACCAAGGCGAUUGUUAAGAGAAUCCUUAUGAGAUCUCUCUUCAAGGCCAAGAGAGACUACAAGCACGCCAAGAAGGAGAAGUUGGAAGUCGCGGAGCUCUUCAACUUCAUCCCUCUUGUGCCUGCCAAGGACAUCCCAGAGAUGAUAAGGAUGCAGCACGAGGAUACUGAUGUCGCUUCUCCAGUCACCGACACUCAGGAGAACUCGUACUGUUUUGGAUGUCUCUCAACCAUCGCCAAGUCCUUCCUCAGGAACCUAAAGGUUUAUCAACGUCACUCCUUUGAAACACUGUCCACCGCCUAUGACCAAUUCUAA